AAUGUCUGCUUGUAUUGAUUAUGGACAUGGGACGGAAGGUGAACACGCAUGACAUUCGUUUACCAUUAAUAUCAGGUCUACAUUUACUUCACUGUCCAAAAGUGGAUUACAAAUUAGGUUGAAAAAACAACAACCCAUUCAAUAAAUAUUAGAGCCCUCAGCCGCGGUUCGUUAAGGGUGCGUCAGGUAAUGUCAAUCCGUGGAGAUGGAAAAGGGGAAAGGGAUAGGGAAGGAAGGGAGGCAGGAAGGACGGAAGGAAGGAAGGAGGAGAGGAAGGAAAUAACUCUCCGGUGUCGCCUGUCUCCCGUCAGCUCGCGCUACUGUGCGGAAGGCUGGUCGCGAGCCUCCGUCUCCAGCAGCGUAGCGCACGCCGAGUGCUGCUCGACAGAGAGAGUGCGCGUGCACCAUCCGCUUGUCACUACGCUCAAGCGCACGAGACAUUUCUGUGCGCGUUUUUAGGCGACGACUACGGGAGUUUAAAGGAUUGCCGCGCGGUGAACGGCAGCUGUUUUGUUUGACUCCAUAUAUAUAUUUCCCCACGCGCGUUUGACCGUUCCGCGGUACACGGGCCAUGGAGAACACAGUCAGAAACAGUUCUGAUUUUGUUUACCUGAGUCGGUUCUCCGGUCCCGCCAUGCUGUUCAACAGCACGAUGUGUCGGAACCAGACGGACGGUAACAACACCUCGCGGUGUGAGCCGGACCGCGCAGCGACCGGCAACUUCGACGGCGGCGACACAACUCCGGUGAUCAUCGCGAUUGUCAUCACCGCGCUCUACUCCAUCGUGUGUGUUGUCGGGCUGGUGGGCAACGUGUUGGUCAUGUAUGUCAUCAUUAGAUACACCAAGAUGAAGACGGCCACCAACAUCUACAUCUUUAACCUUGCGCUGGCGGACGCGCUGGCCACGAGCACGCUGCCCUUCCAGAGCGUAAACUACCUGAUGGGCACCUGGCCCUUUGGCGACGUGGUCUGCAAGAUGGUGCUGUCCAUCGACUACUACAACAUGUUCACCUCCAUCUUCACGCUCACCACCAUGAGCAUCGACCGCUACAUCGCCGUGUGCCACCCCGUCAAGGCGCUGGACUUCAGGACGCCGCAGAACGCCAAGAUCGUCAACAUCUGCAACUGGAUCCUCUCCUCGGCCAUCGGCCUGCCCGUCAUGUUCAUGGCCUCCACCAUCCUGACCCAGCCCCAUUCCGACAUUGUCGACUGCACCCUGGUGUGCCCCCACCCCUCCUGGUACUGGGAGAUCCUGCUGAAGAUCUGUGUCUUCAUCUUCGCCUUCAUCAUGCCCGUCCUCAUCAUCACUGUGUGCUACGGCCUGAUGAUCCUGCGGCUGAAGAGCGUGCGCAUGCUGUCUGGCUCCAAGGAGAAAGAUCGGAACCUGCGUCGGAUCACGCGCAUGGUCCUGGUGGUGGUGGCCGUCUUCAUCAUCUGCUGGACGCCCAUCCACAUCUUCGUCAUCAUCAAGGCCCUGGUGAACAUCCCCGACUCCCUGCUGCAGACGGUCACAUGGCACUUCUGCAUCGCCCUGGGCUACACCAACAGCAGUCUGAACCCCGUGCUCUACGCCUUCCUGGACGAGAACUUCAAGAGGUGCUUCCGUGAGUUCUGUACCCCGAGCCCGUCCGUGCUGGAGCUCCAGAACUCCUCCCGCAUCGGCACGGCCCACCGCCACCUCCAGCAGGGGGACAACAACAGCGCCAACACCGGGGAGAGGACCAAUCAACAGGUGGAGAACGGGCCGACCCUCACGCUCUCUGUCUCUGUCGCUCUCUGUCUGUCUCGCUGUUUCUGCCUAUCUCUCUUUCUCUCUGUCUAUCUCUCUCUGCCCGUCUGUCUGUAUCUCUCUCUGUCUGUCUCUCCUUCUCUCUCUGCCUGUCUCUCCUUCUCUCUCUGUUUCUGUGUCUGACUCUCUCUGUCUGUCCGUCUCUCUCUCUGUCUCUCUGUCCCUGUCUCUCCCUCUCUAUCUCUCUCUCUUUAUCUCUCUCUCUGUCUCUUCCAUUCUCUCUGUCUGUCUCUCUGUCCCUGUCUCUCUCUCUCUUCCUUCCUCUCUGUCUCUCUCUCACUCUCCACCCUUCUCCUGCCCUCUUGCUCCAUCGCUCGCUCUUUCUCUCUCUCUCUCUCUCUCCUCUCCUUUGUAACUUCAUUUGCAUAUAUUCAUCUAGAUAAGAUGUACCAGAAAUGCGAUGCAAUUCUCUAAAUAAUCUCGUUGAUAGCCAUCUUGGGUAUCUUUUAAAAAAAACACACAUAUCCUCCCAGAGGGGGAACAGAGCUCAGAACAACUCCAUCACACUAGGUCGCCCGCACAUUGAAGUACAGCAGUUUACGCCUCUCUCCAGAGAACAUGUACCUCUCCCCAACUAACCCCUCUGUCCUCUCUGGGCAUCCUGGUCCAGGUAUGACUAGCCUUGGAGGGGUCGUCAGUGGAUUCACGCGGCUGUGGCGGCGUUGCCCACGACGACCUCACCUCAGAGGUCACACAGGUCACCAUGGGGCUUUGACCGACCAACGGCGGAGGCCGUUGGUCGGUCCAUGUGACCGCAGGGGCCGACAGCAGGGACCGGUAUGGCGCGUUGUCGUGAAAACCGGUGGCCAAGCGGCUUCCAUUACCAGAGGGAACGUGACACCAGACGACAUGACAGACGACUUCAAGGGCCGCUACUGCAUGGCGACCCCCCCCCCCCCCCCCCACACACACACCCCUAACUCCUUUUAUGGCUGUCCACGUAGCCGCAAUUACUCUAAAGUCUUAAUACGGUUCAAUUGACUCUUGAAAUAGCUUGAGCCAAGCUUUUUUUUUCUCUCUCUGUCUCUCUGUCUCUCUGUCUCUCUCUGUCUCUCUCUGUCUCUCUCUCUGUCUCUCUCUCUCUCUCUCUCUCUCUCUCUCUCUCUCUCUCUCUCUCUCUCUCUCUCUCUCUCUCUCUCUCUCUCUCUCUCUCUCUCUCUAUCUCUCUCUCCCUCUUGCUCUCUCUUCGUUUCCUCUCUUUCACCCUCCCUCCCUCCGUCUCUAUUUUAUGAUGUUCGACGCAGACAUCAACAUGUCAAUAUGAUGCUGGCUAUGCCUCCUAAGAGACCUGCCGUUCUGAUGUUGUAGAACUGUGGUGCAAGCACAGUGCAAACACGCGCUUGCCGUCCAAGAGUAAUUGCAAGCUGUGAACGGAGCCAGGAAAUGAAAGAAAAAUGUAUUGCUGUUGAAAGAGGGUUGUUUAGGGGUGAACACAUUUCUAUGUCCCCGGGGGGGACUUGAAAGGCCUUUGACAUGAUGAUGUGCUCUCUGCCUCUCUGCUGUAAUGAGGGAGCCAGAACUCGAAGCAGCGCUGCAUUCUGCUCACAUUUUCCGCCCUGAUGCUCCAGACGUGACCAGAACCACCCAACGCUUUCUGUUCAACAGAGGCCGUUGAAUCAGUAAAAAAAAACGCCUACUAGUUAUUCAUCACACCUUUUGCUCCUCUUCUUCUCACGUGGCUUCUCCUGAAAUAGUUCAU